GAGUGAUUACGAUUCAGAGCCAUAAAAUUAAGCCAUAUCACAUCUUGCUUUCUGGUCAUCUCAAAAAUAUAAAAAUUUUGGAGGAGCAGUCAGUCAAUCAGCAGUUGUGACCGAGCUCAAGAUGAGAUUAGCAUUUUCAUUCCUCUUACUCCUAAUUUUUAGUGGGAUAAAUGGAGAGGAAGAAGAGCAAUUUAUUUGCAUCAAAGCAGGUCGAUAUGAUAAUCCAUCAGAUGACACUUGUAAUUCAUUCUAUUUAUGUUCCUUCACCUUGAAUGGAGAACUUAUACAAACCCAAUACAGUUGUCCUGAGAAAUCCUUAUUCUUGCCCAAAUCGGCAACGUGCUCCAAAAAUUACACAUGUCCAAGGGUCUCCAGAGCCACCCGAGAUUUAGUUGAGAUCGAAACUAUCAAUAACGUUCACUAUCAAUGUAGGACUAAAAUCAGAGGGAACUAUGAGUGUAAAAGAAGUGGAAAGUAUGCAGACUUGACGGAAUCAUCCUGCAGAACCUAUUACUUAUGUUCUCUCCUGCAGAGUGGGAAGUAUAUGAAAACUAAGUACGAGUGUCCUGAAGGUACUUUGUUCGAUCCUAGUUCACAGAAAUGUCAUACGAGUUACGAAUGCCCGUGUCAAGGACAAUGGCCCAGAAAUAAUGAGAAUUCGAAUAGCAACUCCUAUCGAGAGGAAGAGAGAAGGGAACAUAUAGGAUGGGCUGAACGUUAUCAAUGGACUGACCUAUUCGAAAGAUGGACAGAAAGGUAUAGCUGGACUGAAAUACCUAAAGAACGGACCACACGAAAACAGUCGUCAACUGUACAAAGUACAGUUUGGGCUGGUACUGACUCAUGUUUAGAAGUGAAAAACCUUGAUGUAUUCAAAUGCCAAGAAGAAGGAACGUUUCCAGAUAAGAGAGAUGCAACAUGCACAGAUUAUUUCCUCUGUACGAAACUUUCCAAUGGUGGAUUUCUGAGAACAAAGUAUAGUUGUCCUUAUGGAACUACAUACAAUCCUCAUCUACAAAGAUGCAGCUUCAAAUAUGUAUGUCCGUGCCAAAUAGGAACAGUAUCAACUUAUCUCACAACUAUUCCAUCGAGAGCGACCACAAGACUGCCAUCAACUACAACUACAACUACAGAAAUUGUUUAUUCUCCAACUCCAUUGAUUUGUGAUAUUCCAAACGAAGAUUUUAUAUGUCACAAAAAAGGAAGAUUUCCUGAUAGAAGCGAUUUGUCCUGUAAUACCUAUUUCCAUUGUGAGGUUGAUUCGAAAGGAUUUAGCAGGAAGAGAUAUCGCUGCCCAAGAUGUUUGACAUUUGAUCCUUCUUUAGAAAAAUGCACAGACAACUAUGUUUGUCCAUGCACUUUCACGGAGGCACCAAAGAAAACCUCUGCAACCACCCAGUAUACUUCAACCGCCAAAUUGACAGGUACCACAUCAGGAGCAGGUGCAAGUUCAACUAGCCCAAGCUCAGAUCAGACGAAUGGUUCCAAACAAACAACAGAAAACUCAAUGAGUUCAACACAAGAGGGUAGUAGUACAACCAAUGAUUGUAUCAUCUCACCAUUCAGUAAGCCAUUCAGAUGUUCUAAAAAGGGACGGUUCGCUGACAAAAGAGACCUUACCUGUUCAUCAUAUUUCUUGUGCUCAGAACUCAACAAUGGUACACUCAUAAAAACGAAGUACAAGUGUCCUAAAAAUUCAUUCUUCGAUCCAUCCAUCGGAAGAUGUAGCAAGAAAUACGACUGUCCUUGUUCGAAUAUACCUGCCUCAACCACCAAGAAUCCAUCAAGUUCUUCGGGAUCAACUGGUAAAUCAUCUUCGAGCUCAAGUGGAAAAACAAUAAAUCCAACCGAUGUUACAAAAUCAACUGGUCAAGGAUCAAAUGGCACAUCUUCCACAGGAAGAACUAAAUCAUCUUCCAGCUCAAAAUCGACAGAGAGCUCAACUACCGAAUCAGGCAGAUCAAAAUCGACCACUUCUUCUGGAGGCAGCAGUGGUACACCUUCAACAGGAAAGACUGGUACACCUUCUACAGGAAAAACUGGUACACCAUCAACAGGAAAGACUGGUACACCUUCUACAGGAAAAACUGGUACACCAUCAACAGGAAAGACUGGUACACCAUCUACAGGAAGGACUGGUACACCAUCAACAGAAAAGACUGGUACACCAUCAACAGGAGAGACUGGUACACCAUCAACAGGAAAGACUGGUAAACCAUCAAAACGAACGACUGGUACACCUUCUACAGGAAGGACUGGUACACCAUCAACAGGAAAGACUGGUACACCUUCAACAGGAAAGACUGGUACACCAUCAACAGGGAAGACUGGUACACCUUCUACAGGAAAGACUGGUACACCUUCAACAGGAAAGACUGGUACACCUUCUACAGGUAAGACUGGUUCACCAUCAACAGGAAAAACUGGUACACCUUCUACAGGAAAGACUGGUACACCAUCAACAGGAAAGACUGGUACUCCAUCUACAGAAAAGACUAGUACACCAUCUACAGGAAGGACUGGUACACCAUCGACAGGAAGGACUGGUACACCAUCAACACGAAAUACUGGUACACCAUCAACAGGAAAGACUGGUACACCUUCUACAGGAAAGACUGGUACACCAUCAACAGGAAAGACUGGUACACCUUCUACAGGAAAGACUGGUACACCUUCAACAGGAAAGACUGGUACACCUUCAACAGGAAAGACUGGUACACCUUCAACAGGAAAGACUGGUACACCAUCAACAGGAAGAACUGGUACACCAUCAACAGGAAAGACUGGUACACCAUCAACAGAAAAGACUGGUACACCAUCUACAGGAAAAACUAAACCAACAACUGAAAACCCAAUGAGUUCAACACAAAAGGGUAGUAGUACAACGAAUGAUUGUAUCAUCUCACCAUUCAGUAAGCCAUUCAGAUGUUCUAGAAAGGGGCGUUUCGCUAACAAAAGAGACCUUACCUGUUCAUCAUAUUUCUUAUGCUCAGAACUCAACAAUGGUACACUAAUAAAAACGAAGUAUAAGUGUCCUAAAAAUUCAUUCUUCGAUCCAUCUAUUGGAAGAUGUAGCAAGAAAUACGACUGUCCUUGUUCAAAUAUACCUGCAUCAACCACCAAGAAUCCAUCAAGUACUUCUUCGGGAUCAACUGGUAAAUCAUCUCCUACCUCAGAAUCGACAGAGCACUCAACUACCGAAUCAGGCAGAUCAAAAUCGACCACUUCUUCUGGAGGCAGCAGCGGAACACCUUCAACAGGAAAGACUGGUACACCUUCUACAGGAAAGACUGGUACACCUUCUACAGAAAAGAUUGGUACACCUUCUACAGGAAAGACUGGUACACCAUCAACAGGAAAAACUGGAACACCAUCAACAGGAAAGACUGGUACACCAUCAACAGAAAAGACUGGUACACCAUCAACAGGAAAGACUGGUACACCAUCAACAGGAAAAACUGGAACACCAUCAACAGGAAAGACUGGUACACCAUCAACAGGAAAUACUGGAACACCAUCAACAGGAAAGAGUGGUACACCAUCAACAGGAAAAACUAAACCAACAACUGAAAACCCAAUGAGUUCAACACAAAAGGGUAGUAGUACAACAAAUGAUUGUAUCAUCUCACCAUUCAGUAAGCCAUUCAGAUGUUCUAGAAAGGGACGGUUCGCUAACAAAAGAGACCUUACCUGUUCAUCAUAUUUCUUAUGCUCAGAACUCAACAAUGGUACACUCAUAAAAACGAAGUAUAAGUGCCCUAAAAAUUCAUUUUUCGAUCCAUCUAUUGGAAGAUGUAGCAAGAAAUACGACUGUCCUUGUUCGAAUAUACCUGCAUCAACCACCAAGAAUCCAUCAAGCACUUCUUCGGGAUCAACUGGUAAAUCAUCUUCUACCUCAGAAUCGACAGAGAACUCAACUACCGAAUCAGGCAGAUCAAAAUCGACCACUUCUUCUGGAGGCAGCAGUGGUACACCUUCAACAGGAAAGACUGGUACACCCUCAACAGGAAAGACUGGUACACCAUCAACAGGAAAAACUAAACCAACAACUGAAAACCCAAUGAGUUCAACACAAAAGGGUAGUAGUACAACAAAUGAUUGUAUCAUCUCACCAUUCAGUAGGCCAUUCAGAUGUUCUAGAAAGGGGCGGUUCUCUAACAAAAGAGACCUUACCUGUUCAUCAUAUUUCUUAUGCUCAGAACUCAACAAUGGUACACUCAUAAAAACGAAGUAUAAGUGCCCUAAAAAUUCAUUCUUCGAUCCAUCUAUUGGAAGAUGCAGCAAGAAAUACGACUGUCCUUGUUCGAAUAUACCUGCAUCAACCACCAAGAAUCCAUCAAGCACUUCUUCGGGAUCAACUGGUAAAUCAUCUUCUACCUCAGAAUCGACAGAGAACUCAACUACCGAAUCAGGCGCAUCAAAAUCGACCACUUCUUCUGGAGGCAGCAGUGGUACACCUUCAACAGGAAAGACUGGUACACCAUCAACAGGAAAAACUAAACCAACAACUGAAAACCCAAUGAGUUCAACACAAAAGGGUAGUAGUACAACAAAUGAUUGUAUCAUCUCACCAUUCAGUAGGCCAUUCAGAUGUUCUAGAAAGGGGCGGUUCUCUAACAAAAGAGACCUUACCUGUUCAUCAUAUUUCUUAUGCUCAGAACUCAACAAUGGUACACUCAUAAAAACGAAGUAUAAGUGCCCUAAAAAUUCAUUCUUCGAUCCAUCUAUUGGAAGAUGUAGCAAGAAAUACGACUGUCCUUGUUCGAAUAUACCUGCAUCAACCACCAAGAAUCCAUCAAGCACUUCUUCGGGAUCAACUGGUAAAUCAUCUUCUACCUCAGAAUCGACAGAGAACUCAACUACCGAAUCAGGCACAUCAAAAUCGACCACUUCUUCUGGAGGCAGCAGCAGUACACCUUCAACAGGAAAGACUGGUACACCAUCAACAGGAAAAACUAAACCAACAACUGAAAACCCAAUGAGUUCAACACAAAAGGGUAGUAGUACAACAAAUGAUUGUAUCAUCUCACCAUUCAGUAGGCCAUUCAGAUGUUCUAGAAAGGGGCGGUUCUCUAACAAAAGAGACCUUACCUGUUCAUCAUAUUUCUUAUGCUCAGAACUCAACAAUGGUACACUCAUAAAAACGAAGUAUAAGUGCCCUAAAAAUUCAUUCUUCGAUCCAUCUAUUGGAAGAUGUAGCAAGAAAUACGACUGUCCUUGUUCGAAUAUACCUGCAUCAACCACCAAGAAUCCAUCAAGCACUUCCUCGGGAUCAACUGGUAAAUCAUCUUCUACCUCAGAAUCGACAGAGAAUUCAACUACCGAAUCAGGCACAUCAAAAUCGACCACUUCUUCUGGAGGCAGCAGCGGUACACCUUCAACAGGAAAGACUGGUACACCUUCUACAGGAAAGACUGGUACACCAUCAACAGAAAAGACUGGUACACCAUCAACAGGAAAGACUGGUACACCAUCAACAGGAAAAACUGGAACACCAUCAACAGGAAAGACUGGUACACCAUCAACAGGAAAGACUGGUACAACAUCAACAGGAAAGACUGGUACACCAUCAACAGGAAAGACUGGUACAACAUCAACAGGAAAGACUGGUACACCAUCAACAGGAAAAACUAAACCAACAACUGAAAACCCAAUGAGUUCAACACAAAAGGGUAGUAGUACAACGAAUGAUUGUAUCAUCUCACCAUUCAGUAAGCCAUUCAGAUGUUCUAGAAAGGGACGGUUCGCUAACAAAAGAGACCUUACCUGUUCAUCAUAUUUCUUAUGCUCAGAACUCAACAAUGGUACACUCAUAAAAACCAACUAUGAGUGCCCUAAAAAUUCAUUCUUCGAUCCAUCUAUUGAAAGAUGUAGCAAGAAAUACGACUGUCCUUGUUCGAAUAAACCUGCAUCAACCACCAAGAAUCCAUCAAGUACUUCUUCGGGAUCAACUGGUAAAUCAUCUUCUAACUCAGAAUCGACAGAGAACUCAACUACCGAAUCAGGCACAUCAAAAUCGACCACUUCUUCUGGAGGCAGCAGCGGUACACCUUCAACAGGACAGACUGGUACACCAUCAACAGAAAAGACUGGUACACCAUCAACAGGAAAGACUGGUACAACAUCAACAGGAAAAACUGGAACACCAUCAACAGGAAAGACUGGGACACCAUCAACAGGAAAAACUGGAACACCAUCAACAGGAAAGACUGGUACACCAUCAACAGGAAAGACUGGUACAACAUCAACAGGAAAGACUGGUACACCAUCAACAGGAAAAACUAAACCAACAACUGAAAACCCAAUGAGUUCAACACAAAAGGGUAGUAGUACAACGAAUGAUUGUAUCAUCUCACCAUUCAGUAAGCCAUUCAGAUGUUCUAGAAAGGGACGGUUCGCUAACAAAAGAGACCUUACCUGUUCUUCAUAUUUCUUAUGCUCAGAACUCAACAAUGGUACACUCAUAAAAACGAAGUAUAAGUGUCCUAAAAAUUCAUUAUUCGAUCCAUCUAUUGGAAGAUGUAGCAAGAAAUACGACUGUCCUUGUUCGAAUAUACCUGCAUCAACCACCAAGAAUCCAUCAAGUACUUCUUCGGGAUCAACUGGUAAAUCAUCUUCCACCUCAGAAUCGACAGAGCACUCAACUACCGAAUCAGGCAGAUCAAAAUCGACAACUUCUUCUGGAGGCAGCAGCGGUACACCUUCAACAGGAAAGACUGGUACACCUUCUACAGGAAAGACUGCUACACCUUCUACAGGAAAGACGGGAUCACCUUCAACAGGAAAGACUGGUACACCAUCAACAGGAAAAACUGGUACACCAUCAACAGGAAAAACUGGUACACCAUCAACAGGAAAGACUGGUACACCAUCAACAGGAAAGACUGGUACACCAUCUACAGGAAAAACUAAACCAACAACUGAAAACCCAAUGAGUUCAACACAAAAGGGUAGUAGUACAACAAAUGAUUGUAUCAUCUCACCAUUCAGUAAGCCAUUCAGAUGUUCUAAAAAGGGACGGUUUGCUAACAAAAGAGACCCCACCUGUUCAUCAUAUUUCUUAUGCUCAGAACUCAACAAUGGUACACUCAUAAAAACCAAGUAUGAGUGCCCUAAAAAUUCAUUCUUCGAUCCAUCAAUAGGAAGAUGUAGCAAGAAAUACGACUGUCCUUGUUCGAAUAUACCUGCAUCAACCACCAAGAAUCCAUCAAGUACUUCUUCGGGAUCAACUGGUAAAUCAUCUUCUACCUCAGAAUCGACAGAGAACUCAACUACCGAAUCAGGCAGAUCAAAAUCGACCACUUCUUCUGGAAGCAGCAGUGGUACACCUUCAACAGGAAAGACUGGUUCACCAUCAACAGGAAAAACUAAACCAACAACUGAAAACCCAAUGAGUUCAACACAAAAGGGUAGUAGUACAACAAAUGAUUGUAUCAUCUCACCAUUCAGUAAGCCAUUCAGAUGUUCUAGAAAGGGACGGUUCGCUAACAAAAGAGACCUUACCUGUUCAUCAUAUUUCUUAUGCUCAGAACUCAACAAUGGUACACUCAUAGAAACGAAGUAUAAGUGCCCUAAAAAUUCAUUCUUCGAUCCAUCUAUUGGAAGAUGUAGCAAGAAAUACGACUGUCCUUGUUCGAAUAAACCUGCAUCAACCACCAAGAAUCCAUCAAGUACUUCUUCGGGAUCAACUGGUAAAUCAUCUUCUACCUCAGAAUCGACAGAGAACUCAACUACCGAAUCAGGCAGAUCAAAAUCGACCACUUCUUCUGGAGGCAGCAGCGGUACACCUUCAACAGGAAAGACUGGUACACCUUCUACAGGAAAGACUGAUACACCUUCUACAGGAAAGACUGGUCCACCAUCAACAGGAAAAACUGGAACACCAUCAACAGGAAAGACUGGUACACCAUCAACAGGAAAGACUGGUACACCCUCAACAGGAAAGACUGGUACACCCUCAACAGGAAAGACUGGUACACCAUCAACAGGAAAGACUGGUACACCAUCAACAGGAAAAACUAAACCAACAACAGAAAACCCAAUGAGUUCAACACAAAAGGGUAGUAGUACAACAAAUGAUUGUAUCAUUUCACCAUUCAGUAGGCCAUUCAGAUGUUCUAAAAAGGGGCGGUUCGCGAACAAAAGAGACCUUACCUGUUCAUCAUAUUUCUUAUGCUCAGAACUCAACAAUGGUACACUCAUAAAAACCAAGUAUGAGUGCCCUAAAAAUUCAUUCUUCGAUCCAUCAAUAGGAAGAUGUAGCAAGAAAUACGACUGUCCUUGUUCGAAUAUACCUGCAUCAACCACCAAGAAUCCAUCAAGUACUUCUUCGGGAUCAACUGGUAAAUCAUCUUCUACCUCAGAAUCGACAGAGAACUCAACUACCGAAUCAGGCAGAUCAAAAUCGACCACUUCUUCUGGAAGCAGCAGUGGUACACCUUCAACAGGAAAGACUGGUUCACCAUCAACAGGAAAAACUGGUACACCAUCAACAGGAAAGACUGGUUCACCAUCUACAGGAAAGACUGGUACACCAUCAACAGCAAAGACUGGUACACCAUCUACAGGAAAAACUGAACCAACAACUGAAAACCCAAUGAGUUCAACACAAAAGGGUAGUAGUACAACAAAUGAUUGUAUCAUCCCACCAUCCAGUAAGCCAUUCAAAUGUUCUAAAAAGGGGCGGUUCGCUGACAAAAGAGAUCUCACCUGUUCAUCUUAUUUCUUGUGCGCAGAACUCAAUAAUAGUACUUUCAUAAAAAUUCAUCGUCGUUGCCCAAGAAAUUCCUUCUUCGAUCCUUCAGUCAGUAAAUGUAGUGAGGAAUAUGAAUGUCCAUGUUCUAUAACAUCUUCCACUACUCCAAAUGCUUCCUCUUCGACCCCAUCAAAUCCAACUCAACAACCUACCUCCAGCAGCAGUUCGGAACCCACCGGCCCUGGUUGUCCAAAUCUUCUUCCAAAUUAUAAGUUUGUCUGCGAAGAAAAAGGAAGAUUUCCAGAUCUGCUAGAUCUGAGCUGCUCCUCAUAUUUCCUCUGUACUCAACUACCUGAUGGCACAUUCGUCCAAGCAAAAUACAGGUGUGGUAACGGAUUGAGUUUCAAUCCAUCAACCCAAACUUGCAGCUCAUUCUAUAAAUGUCCAUGCAGUGUCACAACCUCACCGACAUCAUCUUCUCAAAUUUCUAGCCUAUCAACAAAAAUUCCCGAUUUCUGCCAACCAACUGCUGAAUUUGUCUGUACGUCUGUCGGUAGAUUCCCAAAACCAGGAGAUGUAUCUUGCUGUACGUACUAUUCUUGCAGCAAAUCCACUAAUGGAACAAUAAUUCAGACGGAAUUCAGUUGCCCUGAAGGAUCUAGUUUCGAUCCAGUAUUCAGGACUUGUUCAGAUAGUUACACAUGUCCUUGUCAUGUUACUGAAUCACCAGAAUACUUUAGUACUUCAUCAGAUAACUGCUUGAUUCCAACAGAAGAAUUUGUAUGCAGUUCUGGAGGAAGAUUCCCCAAUAGACAGGACGUAUCCUGUUGCAAUUACUUCUUAUGCAGCGACUUGGGUAAUGGCACAUUCAUCAAAACUGAGUACAAUUGUCCUAAAGGGAAGUCAUUCGAUCCCGAACUCAAAAGAUGCAGCAGUUCUUAUAUAUGUCCUUGCAGCAUAACCGAAAAUCCAGAAACAGAAGCUCCAACUGUACCAACAACGAGAUCUCCAACUCCAGAGAUUAUUACCCAGCCUCCUGGAUGUGAUUUAUCUCCUCUCAAUCCAGAACAUGUUUGCACAUCUCGAGGUCGUUUCAAGGAUAACAAAGAUAUAACUUGUUCAAACUACUUUUUAUGUUCGAAACUGAGAAAUGGUACAUACAUCAGGACUUUGUACACUUGUCCACGAUUCUCAUAUUUUGAUCCAUCUAUUGGUAUGUGUACGACAACAUACAAAUGCCCGUGCAUAAGUAACUUUACUACUCCAACAAGAAGUACUGGAAGAAUAACUAAAAUACCCGGAACCAGAGCACCUUGGCAUAUCAACACCAAAAAAACAACGCCAGCAACUAAACCAAAUGAAUGUAUUUCGGUUGAUCCUGCAUCAGGGGAAAUCAUUUGUUCAGAUGAAGGAAAGUUCUUGAAUCCAUUAGAUACCAAGUGUACUUCUUACAUACAUUGUGUUAAGAAGGCUUCUGUGCUAGUUAAGACUGUAGUUAAUUGUGAAGGCAUGACAGCGUUCGAUGUUAAGUUACAAAAAUGUUCAUCAAAUGCCGUUUGUAUAUUAUGUACUUAACCUCUAGGUUGAAAUUUUAUGUAUAACUGAUUGAUACGAAUAAACGAUUGAAUACGA